CUGAAGUCUGGUUUGGCUACCAUGGCAGGGUUUUUUCUGAAGAGGCGCUCCAUUCUGAACACAGUGAUCGUCGACAGUUUUCAAAGAGCCCUUGACGCAAUCACAUCGCAAUUUCUUGCAAUGGAAAGUAAUUAUCUGACGAGAUGUAGUUAGCCACUGGAAAGGGUGGCAAUUUUAUAGCGAGAAGUUCAAGAAAAGGAAAAUCUACUCAGUUUACUAACCAUGCCACGUGAGAAAAUGUGCUCCAAGUCAGUGAUGCCUCCAAGUUGAAAACUAUCAAGAGUGAUGUCGUUUGUUGGCCGUCUUUGAUUAUGAGAACAGUGAACUUUUUACCCCUCAGUGACUCUUGCCAUUUAUGUUCGAGGCACGUAACCAACCUGACUUAUUGAAAGAUGUGGAUUAAGCUUGGCUUUGGCUUUACAAGAUUAUGAUCGGAUAGUGUUUUUUGUUAUGAAACCUCAGUUUGAUCUCAAAAAAAGUGCAACCCCUAUAUAAUCAUGAAUCAGAUAGCCUUCAUCUGGACAGUUGUCGUCGUAUUUGAAGUACAAUACCAAUUUGUCUCAAGCCAAAAUUUUGAUGUGUCUGGUUUGUCAUCCUUUUUCGAUCGACCUAUCGGGAAUGGAGGACAAACACCGGCCUCCACAACGAAUAUCCGAUUUGACGAUGACCCUUUGAGAUUUCCAUUUUUUGGCACCCCCAACCCACCAAGUGUUACUCAAGCCCCAGUCCCUCAAGAGAUACCGGUGUGUCAUCAACAAUCAUGUGACCAGGACUAUCAAGCCCGGAACAUCCCCUAUUCCCAAGCAUUGGAGAUUGUUAACACCCGUGACUACGAAGAAGAGACCUUUGCUAGUGCGGAGGGUAUAGUCCGACGACGUAAGCGAAAAAAACGAUCCGAUCCAAUAGGGAUCAAAAUUGAAAUCACAAGGUUCAAAAAUAGAAGUUUGAUUGAUCCGGUGUAUCCCGAACACAAUGGUUGGAUACCCAUCGAACUCGAGCAACAAUCAACCAAGCCAUGGCGACCGCUUUUGAACGAGAGACAAUCCCCACAAGCCGAAGCAGUUUCGUCCAGUUAUUUGGUUUUACCAGUAGUUGGAAGGGCUCCACCUGAUCAGCCUCAACCGGGUGAGCCGGGAGGAGGGCGGGCACCUAUUGCGGUCAACCCACAAGCCGCAUUGGCCUUGGCCUUGGUGCCGCCAGCACACUUCCCAGUUUCACUUAUGCCACCGUUUACUGACCCUGGUAGUUUCCCGGCAGUGUGUGUGAUUUUUUCCGAGUCGGACUUUGACAGCAUACAGGGUUUUUUGGCUUCCUCAGGGGCGAAAAGGCGCUCAAAACGGUUUAUCAGUACAGUAAAGUUCCGAAGAAUGUACCAACAGUACUCCAAGAACAUCAGAAAAUUCUUCACAAACAAGCGAAGACCAAGGACAAUGGCAUCUUAUAACAAAAACAACCUCAUUCACCAAAGCUCCUUACAACGUCCCGACCUCAAAUCCGAACAUCCCUCAUUCCGGCAGCUCCCUGAUCCCAACCCCAGACCAAUUUACUUUCCUCACGUCAAAUCAAAGCGAAUCAUCGCACCCAGGCUUUUUGGUGUCCGAUGUAGGGCCCGUUUUGUGGAUCGACCGUGCGCCUUGGGGACAACUUGUGAUGACCGGGGCGCUACCAUAAUGACCUCACCUAUCAAUCCCAGUCAACCAAGAGCAGAUACGUACUCAUCAUCAUCAUCAGUAUCUUACAACAUACCUUAUCCUCAUCAAUUCAACAAUCCCAGCUACCUACGUGGUUUUACAGCUGGUGCCAAUCAAACUUACCGGAGGCACGACAAUGGAGUUGAUCGGCAAACCGGUGAACGAUUUUUCACAUCGGCACCCCCAGAAUGUAGAUCCGAACGAAACGAACAGUGUUUAAAAUAGUCCGCCAGAAUGACUAACAGGGUGGCGAGAGCUGGAUUGUCAAGUGAAAAACCUAGAAAGCCUUUAGACAAGGUGAAGACUGAAUUGGACAUAAAUCAUGUUUUCUCACCAUUUUGCAUACCAAGGUAAGUAUUGAAGCCAAAAAUGCAGUUCUGAAACGAAGAGCACUCCCAAAACUGAAUGACUCCGGUUUGUGAUGGUUCGUAUUCUUUUCUUUUUUAACCUUUCGGGGCGAUCGUAGCACAAAUUCACCAGACAUUUCGGUUAGUAAAGGUUUUCACGAAGUAGUUGUUGGGUAGUUGCCGACAAUAUGAAAAUAAAUCGCAACUCGAAAGCCCCCAGAUAUGUCGUACAAUGGCCAAAAGGUUUCAGAAUCUACGUUUUUUUUCUCCAGGUCGCCCUGAUGACUGAGUUAACACCAAGGUUGCGUGCUUUGUUGAAUGUAUUACCGUUACGAAAAAUGUUCUUCGAAUAAAAUGAGACUAAAACACCUGCAAAUUACUUUCAAAUCGAAAACUAUCCAAAAUCUAGCGCGAAAAUGUCAUUGACUCACAUUUGAUAAUGGCCAAGAACGUGUCUGAAACAAACUAAUCAGUCAUGUACAGACCAAAACCGAUUCCAUGUGCAUAUUAUUAAAUUCACCGCGUAUUUCUUUAUGUGACGUCAUAAGUUUCCCAACAAAAGCCUGUCUUGGGUUCGUUUAGAACGCACGUUUCUCUGGCAGUUCCACGAAAUCCACUCAAAUUUUUCGG